ACCAGGUUUCAUGCUGGCAUGAAAACAUUCAUGUACAGAUAAAAACACACAUCCAGUAGCUAUAAAGAUAAGAUUUUCCACUUGAUGCUGAGGAUACUUACCGUUUUAUACAUGAGAGUUUUUAUGAGAGCAAUACCACAACACUCUGAUUAUAUAUAUAUUUUUAUUGGAAAGUGUUUGUAUGUACAAAGUGACUUUUCUGUUUUAUAUUUGAAGGUUUGCAAGUGUGCCAAGUUUGGUGGAGUAAAUUAACCCACAUGCACAAAGAUUCAUUUACUAAAGUGUGUAUGCAGAUGAAGUAAGGACAGGGUGGGGGGGCUUUUUUUUAAACAAGGUUAAGGAGGGAACGGUCACUCCCACAGCUCAAAAAGAAACACGCACUGUCAGUCAGUGGAGAAACAUUUGCUGAAGGGAUCCUUGCAAAGAUCUGCACUCAAAAGGCUCCACAGACAAAGAAAGAAGAGAUUUACAGAUUUUUUUUUGCUGAAUCUGUCAAACAUAGAAGGAUGGAAAGAAUAGACCUGUCACCAGGGAAGUACUCUGUGCACAGGGAUGUCCUCGAUGAGUUGGGACUGGAGGAAGUGGCUCAAAAAAGGAUGUGGUCCACCAAACCGACUGUGGGGGAAAAAGUGAAGGAGUCCCUGAGGUGUUCGGUGCCGACGCUGAAGCACAGACUCCUGACCUGGAUUCCAGUUCUCAGCUGGCUGCCUAAAUACUCCUUCAGAGAAAAUAUCUUAGGAGACAUAGUGUCCGGCUGCAGCGUGGGCAUCAUGCACCUUCCCCAGGGUAUGGCGUACGCUCUUCUGGCUUCGUUACGCCCCAUCUACGGCCUUUAUACUUCUCUUUUCCCCGUGCUCAUCUAUGUGAUCUUUGGUACUUCCAGACACAUCUCUAUUGGUACUUUCGCUGUGAUCAGCAUCAUGGUUGGGAGCGUGACAGAACGGAUGGCACCAGACGAGGCUUUUAUUUUUAAUGGAACCAAUAAUUCACUAACUGUAGACCUUGAUGCUAGAGAUGCAUACAGAGUGCAGAUAGCAUGCUCUGUCACACUCCUGAGUGGACUCUUUCAGAUUCUUUUAGGUGUUGUGAGGUUUGGUUUCGUGGCCACCUACCUGUCAGAACCACUCGUUCGGGCCUACACCACGGGAGCUGCGUGUCACGUGUGCGUCUCUCAGCUCAAAUACCUGUUUGGAGUGAAGCCGGCUCGCUUCACAGGCCCGCUCUCACUCAUUUAUACUGUUGUGGACAUAUGCCGACUGCUGCCUCAGACUAAAGUGCCAGAGCUGGUCGUCAGCUUGGUGGCGCUGGCUGUUCUCAUUGUGGUCAAAGAAAUCAAUGCGUGCUACAGUAAAAAGCUUCCAAUGCCCAUUCCUAUAGAGCUCAUAGUGGUUAUUGGAGCCACAACCAUCGCUCACUUCUGUGGACUGAGGGAGGACUACCUCCUCGAUGUAGUUGGAGAGAUUCCAAGUGGGCUUAAGGCUCCUCGGACUCCAGAAAUCACAUUUUUCUCGCAGAUAAUAGGGGACGCCAUUGCCAUGGCUAUCGUAUCGUAUGCCAUCACCAUUUCACUGGGCAAAACAUUUGGUCUCAAGUAUGGUUACAAGGUGGACAGCAACCAGGAGCUGGUUGCUUUGGGUUUAAGUAACUCAGUUGGAAGCUUUUUCCAGUGCUACGCUGUGACGGCCUCAUUGUCUCGAAGCCUUGUCCAGGAGAGCACAGGCGGCAAGACACAAGUUGCUGGUGUGAUCUCAUCUCUCCUAGUGCUUGUCAUGGUUAUUAAAAUGGGUUCCCUCUUUGAAGAUCUUCCAAAGGCUGUCCUGUCAACAAUAGUGUUUGUGAAUUUAAAAGGCAUGUUUAGGCAGUUCAAGGAUGUGCCUCUUCUGUGGAAAACAGAUAAAGUUGACUUGCUCGUGUGGCUGGUCACCUUCAUAAGCACCGUCCUCUUAAACCUGGACUUGGGUCUGGCGGUGUCUGUCGGCUUUUCCAUGCUCACCUUCAUCUUCAAGACACAGCUACCUCACUACUCCAUCUUAGGCAACGUUCCCGGCACUGACCUCUACCUGGACACAGAGGCCUAUAAACAGGCUAAAGAGAUUCCAGGAAUUAAAAUCUUCCGUUCAGCUGCAACCAUCUGCUUCACCAACGCUGAGCUGUUUUUGGAGGCCUUUCAGGAGAAAAGUGGGGUUGACGUCAGGAAGCUGCAGAUGGAAAAGAAGAAACGUGCAAAGCAGGAAAAGAUGGCUAAAAAAGAGAAAGAUGCACUCGAUUAUUUCUCCAAUUCCACAAACUCCUUCAAAGUUCCCAAGCCGAAUAAGGAGAAGAACCUAAGUAAAGAUGUGGCUAUCUUCCUCACCAACGCAUCUUCAAAUGGCCACGUGAACAGCGCUUAUCAAUACGACACGACAAUAUCCGAGACAGACUCAGGUUGCCAUGGUGAAGACAGCCUCACCCACGAUUCACAUAAAGAUGAAAAGGUUGGGGGGACCUGCAAGGCCGUCACUCACAGCAUCAUCCUGGACAUUUCCACUACUGGCUUUGUGGACACGGUUACAGUGAAGAUGCUAAAAAAUAUUUUCGGGGAUUUUGCAGAUGUUGAUUUGGACAUUUAUUUAGCUGGCUGCCAAGCUUGCGUAGUGGAGCAGCUGGAAAAAGCAGCCUUCUUUGAAUCGAUUCCAAAGAGCAGGCUGUUUGUCUCCGUUCAUGACGCAGUCCUCCACAUCCUGGGGAAGCUGGGGCAAACUAAAAUCGUUCUUGAUGAUUGCGACACUCAAAUGUGACCAGCAGGAGUCGCUUUGCUUCAGACCAGCCAAUCUUUCUUCCCCCUUUCUUUUCUUUGCUGGUUGCCAAUGUCUCCUCCCCCUUUUUUUUUUCUUCUGCUGAGGGAGAAGGCCCAGCCUUGACAUGGCGGACUGUUGCUAUGGAGACACAGGGAGCAGUUGCUAUGGCAACGGGCUUUUUAUGAUAUGGCCUAAUGAGAUGGCCAGCAAUACGUCAUUGCAGCUCUCGCUCUGUGGUGCGCGUGAGGCAGCGAAAAGGGUGGGGGUUGAGUGGGAGAAUGCAUCCCUGCACUAAUAGACGUCUGUAUUUAUAGCACCUCAGAGAGUCGAGUGCAAGUCUGAGGGGGGGCGCAUAUUUUCACGUUAAGCAGCACCUAUGACUGUGUCUUUUGGUCAGUUUAAUUCCAAAUCUUCCCUACAGAGGAAUAAAAUCUGUUCUUUACUGUAUUUAACUGUGACCUUCACCUCCGGUUACAGCUUUCAGGUCCGUGUCACCCUACAAACUGCUCCGGAGCUCUGCAGGAUUCAGUGGAAUGACUGAUGUAUUUAUUAUGUUUUCAAUGUUUCCUCAAACCUGAGCAUGUACAUAACCUGCACCCACGUCUGAACCGUCUGACAUGAAGUUUUUUAUUAUUAUUUUUAAACUAUUAGAAGCUGAAUAAUACUCAGGAAUGCAUGACACUUUUAAUUCUGCGUGCUUGAAGCAUUUUUAAUGUAUAUUUUCAAAACUAUUUAAGUGUAUAACCAUCUUACAGCACGUUAAACUGGAAUAAAUUAUAAUCUUUA